AUGGUUCCUGAGAAGUCAAAUUGCUCGAAAACUGAGAAGCAGGCUAAGGAAGGGAGUACCAGAGGGUCUAACGUUGCCAAAGGACGCCUUGUUAGAUACAGUUCACUUCUCAGAAGACGAGAGCCCUUAAAAAGAACUCGGGUUUUGGAAAAGAAAGUGUCAAAGCCCCUCAAUGGUUUCCAGAGUGCUGACAGUUCUGAAACGUUGAAAUGGGCUCAAACAUUUAUUUCAAGAGGUCGUACUUUGCUCAAGUCGAUACACAAUGAGGACUUGAGGUUUCGACAAGAUCUUGACGAAAGCAGAAGGCGCUCUCAAGUACGAGAAGACUAUGUCAACGUUCUUUUGAGUACUCCCGAUCCAGUAGAUUACGGUUCUUUGGAACCUGAGUUAAGCAUGGUUGAUACUAAUCACGGAUAUGGCACUGACACAUCAUUCAAAAACUACGAAGAUACGAUGAACAACAGCUUGGCUUUUACGGAGCAUGCACUCUCUCGAAGUAUGUCUGAAGCAAAACUCACGAAUUCUGAAGAAAAGGAGAAAGAGGUUUUCGAAGGGCUGAAUAGUGACGCUUCAAGCGAGAAUGAAACGAGCGAGGAAAAAAAGUCCGAACAUAUCGAUCAAGAAGACGGCAAUGACAUCGUUGUGAUACUUAGUGACGAUGAUGAGGAUGCUGCUGUUCCUUUGUCAGCUGCUACACAAAUGGAUGAAACGCAAUCUGACGAGCUCAAAAGUAUGGAAAGCGGCAACUCAGAUUAUGACGACAGUCUUAUAUCCAGAGAAACCGACGAAGCUGCGAAUUCUGCGAUUGAGUUUGAAGAAUUGGAGGAGGAAAGCGAUGAUGUGCAAAGUGACAGUGCCGAAUCAAACAUUAAUGACAAUGGGGGCAUAGAAAGGGGUGUAGAACUAGCAGAAAGUGAGGAUUUAGCAGAGAGUAAAAAUUCGGAAGAGAGUGAACAACUAUCGGAAAAUGAGGAAGUUGAAGAAGGUAAGAAGCUGGCUGAGAGCGAAGAUCUCGCAGAAAGUGAAGACCUCGCAGAAAGUGAAGACCUCGCAGAAAGUGAAGACCUCGCGGAGAGCGAAGACCUUGCAGAAAGCGAAGAUCUUGAAGAAAGUGAUGGCCUGCCGGAAAGCGACGGAACUAGGUACAAUGACAAUAUUUUAAUAAGCGGGAAUGCUGAAGAACACACAAAGGCUGCGGCUUCUCGUCAAAGGCUUCGUCCGAUAGCUCUCCAAUCUCACGAGAAUGAGCAAGCAGUACAAUCUCAAAAUUUUGACAGUAAUGAUGUGGAUCAGUCGAACCUUACUGCACAAAGCGUUGCCAAAACCCCAGAUUUGCCUCAAUACGAACAUUACGGAAACAUUUUCGAUUUUCAAGGCAUCGCGAGAGAUGCUAUCGACGUAAGUUCAAUACCCUUGACACUACCGCAGGACGCAGUACAUGAGUCCAUGGUAAGUGAGUCUCACAAAACGAAUGUUGACGAUAGAGAUAACAGCAUCAAGAAUAUUCAUGAGGAUGACACUCGCGAGAACAACGAUGAUCCGUAUAACGAAGAAAGCAUUGAGGUGCCAAAAAACAGUUAUGACUCAGAGGGCAUUUUGAUUGAAAGCUUGGGUGAAACGGAAGAGAAUAAUCAGAGUAGACAAAAGCCCGGUCCAGUCAACAUAUUUCACAACGAUGCGAUAAAUUGUUUGAUAAACAGAAAUGAGAGCUUUUUGCAAGAAAGUUCGGUGGACAAAAACCUGGAAAAGGUGGAUGGCUCUUGCGGUGGGCAGGAAAGCUUGAUACAUAAACAAGGACACGAACAAAUUAUCGAGAGUUCUGCUAUGGAUACUACUACUACCAAUGCUAUUGCUUUUGCGAAAGAUGCACACGAUCUUCUUUCAGUCGACGCUAUGAACUCAAACUAUCAGCCAAGAGAGUCAGUAGAGUUAAUUCCGAAACAAAAGCAAUCCGAUACUUCACUAAGAAAUGAAAGCGCAGCAGAAAGUGCAUUAGCGUCAGUUUUGAACGAUACUGUGUACCAUUCUUGCGAGAAUGAAUUAAGUGUUGACGCUCUUCCCUUUUUAUCAAAUCACGAGGAAAAGCCUGUUGGUAACUCAAGGUAUCAACUGGUUUACUCUGAAUCCUACUACAGUAGCGAUCCUGAAGAAGAAACUAGCUUCGAGGCUACGAGACUUGGCGCCGCCGAUUAUGUUUCUCCCUUUGGAGAAAAUCCGUUCUUCAGCGAGGACCCGGAAGCUGAUCUGAAGAAACUCAGGCAUGUCAUGCAAGCUGUUGGAAUUUCUCAACGCCUAGACAAGAAAGUUCAGUGCUACAAUCCUGAGAGAGAAUUAGGUUCACAAUUCGAAAAGGUAACGGAUUCUAUCAAAGACUCAGGCUUGGAUCUAAGAGAAUCUGCUGAGGAAAACGGCAGAUAUAAAACGGAAGCAUAUAUCGCUUCCACAGAACUUGAACGUAGUCCAAGCGAAUCAAUAGGCGCAAAAGAAAUCGACGUUCUUGUUUUGCAAGAUAAUGUAAGCAAACAAGAAGUCAGAAAUGGGGAACCCGAAAAGGAAGCUGAUCAACUUGCAACUAUCUUGCCUAAAGAUGAAGACCUCAACAAAAUCUCCCACAACAUUGAAACCGAACUUCAAGCUUUAAACGAUCUUGAAGAAAGCGAAUCAUUUAAUACAAGCAAUCACAACGCUGAAGUGGUUCAUACAGAAGAAGAAAAAGCAGACAAUCGCGCAGCAGGCGACAAGCUGCAAGUUUCAAAUUGUACUGAAACAGAUAAAUCCCUGAAGAAAGAAUCUUGCUUGCGUGAGGCUCCUGAGGCUCCGCUAUUGACGAGUGAUGUUCGCAUGACAAAUAAAGAGCUCGCCUCUAGAGAGGCUCUCGCCGACAUUAUGAGCCCGUUAAUUGGAAGUCCCUCGAUACACUCACCGAGCCCUAGGGCCCCUGCAGCAUCCAAGAUCUUAGACGGGGGCACAAACAAGACGCAGCUAUCUGAAAGAAUAAGCGGUGAAACACACAUGUCAAGCUCGCGUUCAUCAAGCCCCUUAGAAUGCGUGAAAAUAGAAGAUAGACUGAGAGAGACCGUUCAGUCAGUUGUGAUAUCAGAAGAGCACGAGUCUGAAGAUUUUUAUCAAUCUUUUGAAGUAGGAAGCAGUGUCAUAUUAGAAGAAGUUGAUGACCACAGAGAGAUUUCAAUAUGUGAAGCAAUUGAUACAGAACCCAUGAUCACUUUCCCUGACAGCGAAGACGAACAUCACCCCUUUCCAUGUUCUCUAGGGGACAUGAUCGGAUCUGAAAUCAGUCUACCGGAAGCGUCGACCAUUGACACAAAGUCUAGUUCAUCAACCGAACCUACAAGGAGCUCGGAAUUUGUCUCAGUUGAAGAGCUAUCGAACGCUCAUGGUUUUACUUCUUCCGAAUCCUCAGAGGACUCGGAUUUUGCAUCUGUAGAAGAGCCAUCAGCUGUCAAUCACGACAAUUCUCUAGCUGCGGAAGAAACUUAUCUCAAGAGAUCAUAUUUCGAGGAAUUUCCAGACAAUUCCGAAGCUCCACGAAAGCGGGCACUUGUUGACGAAGAGCAGAGCACAGCCGCGAAAUUAGACUUUCGAGCGAACGUAGCGGCUAAGAUUAGCAGCAUUUUACCCAAUGUAGCUGAAGAGGUACGAAGACUUACCCACAUUCCAAAAAUUUCUUCACUCAUGAGGAAGAAAGUCAUAAGUGGGGGCAGCAUCCUAUUAUCUAAACCGAUACACAUUGCAACCGAUGUCAAAUCUAACUUUCGUCAAGUAGCUAAUUCUGCAAGAAAUCGUGUUGCGAGCAGUAUCAAAAAUGAGCUCAACGCUCUCAAAGCAAAAUCAAACAAUGAUAGCCUCAUGCAAAUACUAGAACAGUUCGAGGAGUCGAGCUUUGAGGAUAACAGCAGUAGUACAGAGGACGAGGCGGACUCAUCUACAUCUAAAGAAAACGACAAAAGACAAGGCGGAAUGGUCACUUUUGAUACUGAUUCUGAUACAUCCAUUGACGGCAAUGACAUUUCUUCCGAAAACACUGACAGCACUUUUCGUGGCUUUGAUGAUACAUUUGUAGGCACUAAAAGUUCAGACGAUGAUGAAGGAUCGUGUGAUGAAAGUGGCUUGAUUGCCACAAUUUCGAGGACUGGCAGUAUUGGCGCUGAAGAAGGCCGAGAGUCUUUGCGUUGGCAUUUUUCAAGCAAACCGACCGAUAAAGUGGCUUCGGACGCUGCAGCCAAAGCGUCCAGAGAGAGCACUGUUUCUGAUUCUGAUUCUGAUUCUGAUUCUGAAUCUGAUUCUGAAUCUGAUUCGUCUUCGUCUUCGACAUUCGUUCAGGGUAGAAAACAAUUCUCGGCCAAUAACUCACCAUCUGCGUCCCCCACAAAAACAAGCGAAGGAUCUCACGAAACAUCCCCAACUGCCCUGGAAGUAGACGAGACUAUAAAUUUAGGAAUCGCGGCCGAUGAUGCAGAUAUUUUUUCUGAUCAGAGUAGCUAUAGCUCAACUUCUAGCUUUAGCUCUGAAGACUCCUUGAGACUACGACAACCGCUCUCCAGACGAAGAGUGCGUAGAAGAGUCAGCAGAAAAGGACGGAAAAGUCGCAUUUAA